AAUUCAAGAAUUCGUAUCACAAAAAAUCGAAUAAUUCGCCAAGAGGAAGAGCAUUUUAUCCUGUAGUAUGAUGGAUUGCGACAACACACAUUAUACGGACGAGAUUGAGGCAAUGGAGACACAGAAUAUCGAUGCAUGUUUCAACGAAGAAGCGGAGGAUCAGGCGCGAUCCGAAGCGGAAUUCAGCUACAAAAUCGAGAAUUUUGCCAAAAUGAAUCAGCAAUUUCUCUCGCCGCCACACUACGUACGAAGCUUGCCGUGGAAAAUAAUGGCAGUACCGCGAAUACAAGACGGCGUUCGGUAUCUCGGCUUCUUUCUGCAGUGCAACGCCGAGAACGAGUCAACAAAUUGGACGUGUCACGCAUCCGCUGAACUCCGCAUCCUACCACAGAAGCCUCAUGGCGAGCCAUUUUCGCGAAAAAUUAACCAUUUGUUUCACAGCAAGGAGAACGAUUGGGGUUUUUCGCAUUUUAUGGCGUGGGAGGAGAUUUUGAACCCCGAAAAGGGAUAUUACGUGAACGAUUGCGUCAUUUUGGAGGUACAUGUGACGGCAGAUGCGCCGCAUGGCGUUAGUUGGGACUCGAAGAAACACACGGGAUACGUCGGGCUGAAGAAUCAGGGAGCAACGUGUUACAUGAAUUCGCUACUGCAAACGCUUUAUUUCACGAACCAGUUACGGAAAGCGGUUUACAAGAUGCCCACAGAAUCGGAUGAUUGCACAAAAUCCGUCGCUUUGGCAUUGCAACGCGUCUUUUGUGAUCUCCAGUUUUCCGACAAACCCGUUGGCACGAAGAAAUUGACCAAAAGUUUCGGAUGGGAGACGCUGGACUCCUUCAUGCAACACGAUGUGCAGGAAUUUUUGCGUGUUUUGCUUGACAAAUUAGAGAGUAAAAUGAAGGGAACAUGUAUUGAAGGAACUGUUCCCAAGCUCUUCGAAGGCAAGAUGAUUUCCUACAUUAAAUGCAAAAAUGUACCGUACACCAGUUCCCGCAUCGAGACUUAUUACGACAUCCAGCUAAACAUCAAGGGCAAACUGAAUAUCGAGGAAUCCUUCAAGGAUUACGUCGCCACGGAGCUACUUAACGGAGAUAAUCGCUACGAUGCGGGCGAAUAUGGCUUACAAGAUGCCGAAAAAGGCGUAAUUUUCUCCUCCUUUCCUCCCAUCUUGCACUUGCAUUUAAUGAGAUUUCAAUAUGACCCGAUAACGGACAACUCGAUCAAGUUCAAUGAUCGUUUCGAGUUCUCCGACGUUAUUAAACUUGACAAAUUUUUGGAGCAGCCCGAAGCGACACCCGCAACCUACAUUUUGCACGCCGUUCUUGUGCAUUCGGGCGAUAAUCAUGGCGGGCAUUAUGUCGUGUUCAUCAAUACCGAUGGCAAAAAUCGAUGGUGCAAAUUUGACGAUGACGUGGUUUCGUGUUGCAAGAAGGAAGAAGCUAUUAACCAGAAUUAUGGCGGAGAUGACGACGAUUUGAACUUAAAUACGCGAAAUUGUAGCAAUGCGUAUAUGUUGGUUUAUAUUCGCGAAUCGGAAUUGCGAAAUGUGUUGGAGGAAGUGACAGCGGAAGAUAUCCCCGAUGAGCUUAAUGAACGUUUGAAGGAGGAAAAACACAUGGAGAACAUCAAACGGAUCGAACGCAAUGAAGCGGGAAGUGUCGUUACGAUAAACGUUGUGUUGGAAGACUAUUUCGAGACACAUCAGGCAUCAGAAUUGUUCAAUUUGGAGCGUGUUAGUGCACGCGUGUUCAAAAUUAAAAAGACCACGAAGAUAAGUGACUUGGUAAAGACGUUAUCGCAAGCCUUUAAUGUCCCGCCCAACAAGAUGCGGUUAUGGCCUUUAAUCCAAAAGUCGAUGCAAACGAUGCGUCCCGUGUGUUUCGACUUUGUCGAGAAGGGAAAUGACCUAAUUGCGCAUUUCAUCGGGAACCAGAACGCAUGGCAAUUAUAUUUGGAGAUGUUGACAUUCGAUUCGCCGCAACAAACAUUGCCGCAAUUCGACAAGGAGAACGAAGUUUUGGUCUUUUUGAAGUUUUACGAUCCCGUUGCGAAACGUCUCAACUACUGCGGAUCCAUCAACGUUGCAAUUGGGGCAAAAAUUUCCGACAUUGUCCCAAAACUCAAUGCAAAAGUUGACUUUCCGCCCGACACGGAUCUCAUGAUCUUCAAGGAAGCCGGCGGUUCUGUCGAAUAUUUGACCAAUUUGAAUGACACGUUCAAGAAAACGCCCGAUUGUCAAAUUAUCAUUUUCCAAAAGUUGCAACACGAUCCAACUUUGGAGCUGCCCACAGUCGAAGACUACUUCAAAGAUCUGCUCUUUCGUAUCGAAGUGACAUUCGUGGAUAAAAACAACCCGAACGACAAUGGCAUCGUCAUCGAACUCUCCAACAGAGCAAAUUAUGAACAAAUGGCGAAAACAGUGGCGCAUCGCAUCAACACCGAUCCAUACACAAUUCAAUUCUUCAAGUGUCAGAACUACAAAGAUGUGCCCGGCACGGCGCUCAGUUGCUCCUACAGCGGCACACUGAGCAACAUUUUUCAAUGCACCCCGAAAUCGAUGAAAAAACUCUUCUAUCAAAAGCUCUCGAUGAACAUCAACGAGUUGGAAAGCAAGAAGCAGUUCAAGUGUUUGUGGCUUUCGCCGAACAUGAAGGAGGAAAAAGAGCUCGUUUUGUAUCCGACGAAAAGUGGCACUGUGAAAACGCUCCUCGACGAAGCAGCUAAAGUUGUCGAAUUCUCGGAGAACGGCACGAAGCGUUUGCGCAUCUCCGAAAUCGCCGGACACAAAAUCAUUCCGGGCCCGCCGGAAGACACACAACUCAAUGCAUUGCAACCCGGCACGGAAAACUUGACGAGCCAAAAGACAUAUCGUCUCGAGGAGAUACCCGUUGACGAACUCGAAAUUGGACCCAAUGAGAUGCUAAUUCCCGUUUCGCACUUUUACAAGGAAGUCUACAACACCUUUGGCACGCCAUUUUUCAUCAAGAUUACGCAGGACGAGCCCUUUAGCAACAUCAAGACGCGCAUCCAGAAGAAACUCGCGAUUCCCGACAAGGAAUUCGAAAAGUUCAAGUUUGCCAUCAUUUCGAUGGGUAGGAUAGAACACAUUACGGAUGACGCGACAAAAAUUAAUCUCGCUGCUUUUAAUGCGUCACCGAGUGCUGCGCGCCCCUUCCUCGGCUUGGAACAUGUAAAUAAGUCCCAGAAGCGUUCGCGAUUCAACUAUCUCGAGAAAGCUAUCAAAAUUUAUAACUAAACAGAUAUAAUGCGAAACUAUUGUUCAAUAUUAUAUGUAUUAUUGUCAAUAUUGGUCAAUAAAAUAAAUUAACAUUUAUUCUUUUUCUCUA